AUGGCGAUACGCGUAAUCCAGGACAAAGGCGGCGAGAACAGGUUCGACGAGCGCAGAAUCCAGCUCCGCGCAAAUGAAGCUCGAUUGUCGCAAGAAACCAAGGCGCUGUAUUCUGAGGUCGCUUUCUUGAAAGGUCUGCUGACUCAAAACGGCAUUGCCGUACCCGAUAGAUCAAGAGUAGGACUUGCUCAACAGGAAGAGGGAGCGAACGUGGAGAUUGAGAAGAGGAUCGCUCUAACCGUUGGGCAAGAAGAGAACAAGAAAAAGAACCGACGGAAACAGAUAUACGUACAGCAAGUGUCUCAGCAAUCGUUACCCGGCUCGGCACAGCUCAUAAGUCCGCCGUUGUCUGGCUCCGCAUUAUCAGGGUACACAUCCACUACGGGUUCGCCUGGUGGCUCUGCGAUAUGCAUGGGUAACAUGGACCCAGAGAUCGUUGGGAUGGACUUCGUCUUGACGUAUGGGCGCCCCGUUGUCUUUACUCACUGCGCCUUCACUAAACUCCUACGUAUAGUCUCGAGUCUCCUUGUUUACCACAUAUCGAUGUGGCUUCGCCCAACACUGGCAGCUCUGACGCAGAUACUUCUGCUUCGACCGGCCACGCCUUGA